ACCACGGUAAUUUGUUUUCCUUUCGUUUUCGUACUGCUUUCCUUUCUGUUCCCUCCUUUUAAAGCUAAAUCAAUGGCCGAAGGAGAUGCACAAAAUUUUUUCCAGUUUCUGAAAAGCAAUGUUUCUACCGACGAAAAAACAUCUCAAUUAGACUCUUUACGCUCUUUUUUCAAUAAAAAUAACAUUCCUAAUGAAGACCUCCCUAUUUACAUAGAAUGCUUCAAAGUUUCUCUUGCAACCGUAAAUCCCUUGAUUCUUCGGUCUGCGAUUUCAUGUUAUGAAACCUUUCUUCGAAGACUUCGGGCACAAUGCCCUUCAUGGGUUAAAUUUCGCGUUCCGCUCUUAAAAAAUCUUGUUCUUGAGCAUCUAGCUUCCCGUGAUCUUAGGAAACGCAUUCUCACCAUUCUGCUCGAACUCUGGCAGUUCAAUCCUGUAGAAAUCGAAAAAAGUCUGCACCAUCUAUUAUCAACUAGCAAAAAUGCCGAGAUUCGUAUGCAAACUUUAAAAUGGUUUGCAUUGGCACAUCGUUCAGAACUAUCUUUCGACCUGAAAGCUCUUCGCCCUUUUCUAGUCGCCAACUUGGAACAUGCAGAUCCGUCUCUUCGCGAAGAAACAAAAGAACUGUUGGUUCUCCUUCACAAGGAUUUAUCUCCUUCUACAAAGGCACACCUUCUUCGUGAACUCGAGUCACAUCAAGGUCUCCGAAAGGAUCUACUUCAAUUUCUUUCUAAUCAAUUGUCUCCACAACCUUCGGAUGACUCUGCGUCUCUUCCUCAUCCAGGCUCUCUUCUAUCCCCACCUUCAAUUUUCCCUAUUAUUGCUUCUUUUUAUCCUGCCGUCGAGCUUGAAAAAGUCGAUCCCUUGUACGUUAAUUUCCCGAAACAAUUAGAGCAAGACGUCGCUGCCAUGCUUUCUUCAUUCGAGGGACGUGAAACCGAACAAAAUUGGUCUCUGCGUCAAUCCAACAUUUUGCAAAUCCGUCGAUAUAUACGUGGAAAUGCUCCAGAUCAAUACUUGCCUGAACUACUUUCCGUUUUAAAGUCACUUCUUCGUGGUAUUCUUGUUAGUCUCUUGUCCUUGCGUACCACACUUAGCUUUUCUACCGUGCAGCUCCUCAAAGAAAUGGCUUUUAUACUAAAAAAUCAUAUGGAUGGAUUUCUUGAUGCCCUCCUGCCGAAUCUCUUGAAGAUGUGCUCUGUCACCAAGAGAAUUGUUUCCCAAGCUGCUAACGUUGCCUUCGCCUCCAUCCUCUCUUGUUGUGGACCCCUUUCACGAACUUUGCAGUUUGUGUCUCUUGCUGCUAAUGAUACAAAUGCUCAACUCAGGGUUUUUGCUAGUGGUUGGAUUUCUUUACUACUUGCUUUGUAUCCCGUUGCAAAAUCACAUAUAAAAAUAUCUGCUAAUCAAAAAUUAUUUGAAAAGCUCAUAUGCAUAGGUAUAGCAGACUCUAAUUCACAAGUUCGCGAAUCUUAUCGAAAAUCCUUUUGGAAAUAUGUCGAAUAUUUUCCAAAUAGCAGAGAUGAACUCCUCAAAUCACUCGAGCCUUCUUCUAUUAAACAAUUAGAGCUUGUAAACCCUAAUCGGAAUCAGCUGCCUCCUCCUGCUUUUUCGGGACCUAAAAGAGCACCAGUACGGUCGAUGACAGCUAGUAUUCGUCCUGAGGCCAAAGUUCAAAAAGAUGAUAACGCUUAUACACCACCCGUCCCUCAACGAAAGCUAGGGUUACCUCAACGAAUGGUGGCACCUACCCGAGAAAGAGCGGAUUCGCAAUCCAAGAGUAGCUCUACAUUAAGCACACCGUCUAGCUCCAGUAUAGGCUUAAAUCAUCCUCCAUCCUCUGUCACUCCUCAGAGUUCAAAAAAACCAAGUCCUUCAAACUCGCGUGAAAAUUCAGAAGCCAAUUCCUUUGAAAAACUGAAAACAUUACAAAAGGACUACGAAUCUAUACGAGCUACUGAUUCUUUUUCCCCUCAAUUAUUUGCACCAUAUGUGUCAUUUUUAACACAAAUACUGUUUCACGGUACUUCCCUUUUGUAUUCUAUAUUAUAUACUCCAGCUUUGAUUGAAGUUCUGUGCCAUUGUGUUGAUACCCAAUCAUUCCUUUCUCAAUUCAUUCUUUCAGUUUAUGAUUUAUCAAAUGCUGGUAAUGCCUUUGCUUUGACCUCAUUCCCGUAUCUCAAAAGUCGUCAUCCUCCUAAUGAGUAUUUUUUUAUUCUGUUUGAUUUGCUUAUGGAAAUAUCUAGUAUGGCGCCUUCUCACAAAAACUUUCCUUUUAAUACCAAUCAAAAACGAACUGUAAUUCAUGGUUGUUUAUUGUGGAUGAAAGAAAUUUUAGAAGGUGAACUCCAGCACAUAAGACUUGCGAACUCACCUCCAUCUUCUGGUUUUAGUCUGGAGCAGUUGGAAGUUUGUGCUUCCAAAAUUAUUCCUAUGAUUACCAAAACACGCUUAACUUCUAAAAACUGGCUACCAUUAAGUGGUUUACUCCACGCAUUCAACUGUUUUAAUCCCGAUGGAUUUAGUGUGCUAUUAACAAGGAUGGAUAAGGAAUCAAAAACAAAACUGCUUCACUCCUGGGCAUAUCAAGACGAAUUCAAGAAGAACAAUGAUAAUAGUACGCUGAGCUCGUCAAACGUUUUAUCAAAUCAAGCUACUGAAGAAUUCGUUAAGAAGGGUGAUGAUGCCACUUCUGUUGUCCCCCAAAAUAUAACAAACUUUCCUUCAACUGAAGUCUCUGAAGACACUUCUAAUGUAAAAGUUCAUGGAGAAGAAUAUAUUGAGAAACCUCAAGACUUGGAUAUGCUUAGUAAUCCUUCCAUAAAUGACCAUUCUCAUCCAGAUAACAAAAAUGCUUCUUUCACUUCCGAUUUAGCUUAUGAUGUUGCUCAUGAUUCACCAAGUUCAUCACAAUCAGGUACGGCUGAACAAAUCGAGAAGGAUAAUGAUAAUAAGCUUCUAUCUUCCAGUCAGGAUCUACCUAAAGAAAACCAAAAUGGAAUUACGGAAGAUAAAAGUAUGGAAGAGCAUAUAGAAACUGAAGCUGAUGGAGUUCAACAUGAGCAACAACCGUUCCUUGAAUUAAGUAAAGGAAAUACGAAUACUUGGGUUUAUGACGCUUCAGAAUUUUCACCAAUAAAAGAUGGUUUGCCAAAACAACAAGAAAACUCUUCUACUGAUCUUGAUGGUAUAGAGAAGACUGCAUCUACGCAGUCAAUCAAUGUUCUGACAGAUAAAUCAAAUACACUGAAUUCGAUUAAUGUCAAUAUAGCUGGCAAGGGAAAGAAUGAAGGAAUUAGAACGAACAAUUCGAUAAUUGGACACCCAUUCACAAAAGAAAAUUCAGGUGUUGAACAAUUCAUGAACGAUAGGGAGAUGGGCUUAUCGAUUCGGCAAGACAAUCAUACUGCUCCAGUCAAUUCGGAAGAAGAACUUUCAAUUAUCUCCACGAAAGUAUCGAAGUAUCCAGAAAAAGAACACAGGAGUGAAGGUUCCAUCAAAGAAAAUAAUGACAAUGGAGAUAUCCGUGAAUCUACAAACCAAAACUUAAGAGUAAUAAAUGUUCCUGUGGAGGACAUUAGUCUAAGUUUUUCAGAAUUGAGGGUUCCCGUUUCCGAUCCUACAAUAUCUUCUCCUAUGUCGGAUGUAUCAAGAUCGCUUACUGAAGAAACAAUUGUUGGUGAUUUACCACCACCGCUUUCACCAUCAGUCAUUAGCAAUUCUAGGAAAGAAAGCUUGAUUGAACCGCAAAAUGUAGGGAAACUUAACUUUGAGGAUUUAGCUGCAAAUGCUACUAAUUAUAUUCCAGCUGUAGUACCUCAAAAUAAGUGGUUACAAAAUCGGAUGAAAAAGUUGGAAAAAGGGUCCUCCAAGAUAGAUAAUAUGGAACCUAAAAAGAUUCAGGAACUUUGCGUUAGUGCAAUUGAGGCUUUUAAAAAUGGUUCCAUCUCUAGCAAGCUUAUAAAGUUCUGUCUUACGGUCUGUAAGGAGGCUCCUAACGUUUUGAUGCAAAAUAGGGAACUUUAUUCUUCCCUUCUUGCGUUUAUAAAGACUGAAAAUCAUAAUGUACAUGUUUCUGACAGUUUACUGCUCUUACAUGAAUAUGUCGUCCAAAACCAUCGAAACAUCGAAGACAAGCAAUACGAAGAUACUUUUUCGAUAGUCUUAGAAAAGGGAGAACAAUGCAAAGAUGACCCUAUUAUCAUGGCAGCUGUGGAGGAUCUAGUUACAGUAAUUGCUAGCUUAUGGAAAGCAGAAAAAUCAGUGAUAUUUAUUCAUGACAUGCUACUUCAAAGGCAAAUAUCUGAAAAAAAGGUAGCUCUAUGUUUGCUAUUCUUUUCUGAAUUUAUCAAGCGGUUUAAUGAUUUUACACAUCCGUUGAUGGAACGGUUAAUAAGAGAAGUUGUCAUUAAGUAUAUUGAGCACCCUGACGCGGAAAUUCGAAGGGCGACAUUUAACACUUGUCUGAUUGUAAACUCGAUUGUUCGAAGUGAGGAAAAAACACUGUCAAUCCUUGGAGAUUUAACCGAGGGACAAAAAAAUUUACUUUCACACGUAUGGAAAAUGAACGGGUAAAUCAGAAUUAAACCCCUAGACCUAAUGUAUUUUUAAAAUUCUUUACAAAUGGAUAUGCUUGGUCAGUUGCUUUUUUCGCUCCAUCUGCCGCAAUUGCUUGAAGUUCGGUUGGGUUUGCUUUCCAUUGCUGGUAUGACUUUGUAAAAGGAGAAAGACUACCAACAACGAUAUCAGCUAUGGAAGACUUAAAUUCGGAGUGUUUUGAGUGCUUAAACUUUUCGGCUAUUGCGAUGGGGCUUGAAUCCGUAAUAGCAGCCGUUAUGUUUAUUAAAUUAUUAAUUGCAGGUCGAUUUACAUCUCCAUAGGUAAUACCUUCAAUAUUAUCUGUAGCAGCACCUGCGAUCUUUUUCCUAAUGUCCUGUUCAGAAUCAGUUAAAAGGAUAUAAUUUUUUGAAUUUUGGUCGGAUUUGGACAUUUUUUUGUUGGGUUGUUUCAAUGCCAUAAUUGAACUUGAUGAAUCUGAUUGUUAGAGAAUAGUUAGCAUAAUUUUCAAUUAUCUUACUUAGAAUAAUGUCAGGAAUUGUGAAAAGAUCUUUUUUGUAAGUAGAA